CACCACAGUUCAUGACCAUCAAUACACUCAUUCAUGGCGGUUUCAUCAACCACGUCUCAUCAAAAACUGACCCCCUUCCUUAUCUGAUAUCAUCAAUUAAUCACCUCCUCACGUGUAUCCUCCUAAAAAACCACCAUUUCUUCUGAUCAUAUUCAUCACUAGCUAGGACUGUUCUUUUUUUUUUUUAAUUUUGUUUUGUUUUUAGCAAAAAUGGCGGGUGAGAGUUCAGGCAAGAGUAGUACUAGAAACUCCAACAACACCCAGCUCUUGGAAGAGCUGGAAGCACUAAGCCAAUCCCUCUACCAAUCCCACACCGCAGCCACCGCCGCUCGCCGAACCGCCUCCCUCGCUCUUCCCCGAACCUCGGUUCCUUCCCUCGUCUCUACCGACGUCGUCGCGGAUGCUUCGCGGUCGAGCAGCAGGCCUCGCCGCCGCAUGUCGCUGUCCCCGUGGCGGUCUCGCCCCAAGCUCGAUGACAACGGCGAAGCGGACGGGACUAAUGGGGCAACACAGGCGAAGAAGGCGGAGGAGAAAGUGGCGGUGGCGAGAUCGAAAUCGAGUGUCUCGGAGGAGAAAAAGGGAGGGAUUUGGAAUUGGAAGCCGAUUCGGGCGCUUUCGCAUAUCGGGAUGCAGAAGCUGAGCUGUUUGUUUUCUGUUGAGGUGGUGACAGCCCAGAACCUUCCUUCCUCAAUGAACGGCUUAAGGCUGUCCGUUUGCGUGCGGAAGAAGGAAACGAAAGACGGCGCGGUUCAGACGAUGCCUUCAAGAGUCUCACAAGGGGCUGCUGAUUUUGAGGAGACGCUUUUCAUUAGAUGUCAUGUUUAUUGCAGCCAUGUAAAUGGAAAACACAGUAAUUCACAGCAGCUCAAGCUGGAGCCUCGUCCAUUUUUGAUUUACUUGGUCGCCGUCGACGCCGAGGAGCUCGAUUUCGGGAAGAAUUCCGUUGAUUUGAGCCGGUUCAUUGACGAGUCCAUAGAGAGAAAUCGCGAUGGCGAACGAGUUCGGAACUGGGACGUGAGUUUCGGACUCUCUGGGAAGGCGAAAGGAGGAGAAAUGGUACUUAAAUUGGGGUUCCAGAUAAUGGAAAAAGAUGGCGGGAUUGGGAUAUACAAUACUAAUAAUCAGUCGAAGAAGAAUUUGUCGUCGCCGUCUUUUGGGAGGAAGCAAUCGAAGAGCUCGUUUAGCGUGCCGAGCCCGAAGCUUUCGAGCAGGAAAGAAGCUUGGACUCCUUCGCAAACGGGGAUCACUUCUGCUGAUCAUGAUCAUGAUCUUCGCGGGAUUGAUGAGUUGAAUCUCGACGAACCGGAGAAGCCGGAGAAGAAAGAACCGGAACCGAAACUAGGAGAAGAUGCCGAGUUUCCAGACUUUGAAGUUGUUGACAAAGGAGUGGAGUUCCAAGAGAGAGAGAACAAUGACGAUGGAGAAGAAGAGGAGGAAGAGAAGGAAUCGGUUAAGUCCAUUGUGAAGGAAAUUGUGCACGAUCCAGUCCACGCGGCGAGAUUAACAGAGCUCGAUUCGAUUGCGCAGCAGAUAAAGGCCUUGGAAUCCAUGAUGGGAGACGAGAAAGUACUCGUCGGAGGAUUAGUCGACGAGACGGAAACUGAUUCGCAGAGGCUAGACGCUGACGAGGAAACGGUGACGAAGGAGUUUCUGCAAAUGCUUGAAGACGAAGAGAUGAUCGACGAGUAUAAGCAAAAUCUAGGCCGCGGAAAUGAGAGGCGUGAUCUUCUUCACAAUAUUCCUGCUCUGAAUUUGGAAGAAACAAAUGAAGAGCAAUAUGCAAAUCGGGAUGAUCACUCGAAAACUUACCUACCCGAUCUUGGGAAGAACUUAGGUUGCGUUGUUCAUACCAGAGAUGGAGGCUAUUUGGCCGCCAUGAAUCCUCUAGACACCGAGACGUCCAGAAAGGAGACGCCAAAAUUGGCAAUGCAAAUCUCAAGGCCUUACGUUUUGCCGCAGAGUUAUAAGUCCUUGACCGGCUUCGAGCUUUUCCAAACAAUGGCGUCAAGUGGCGUAGAUGAGGUCAAUUCAGUGAUCAAUCGAACUCUAUUGUCAAUGGAUGACUUGAUGGGAAAAACCGCGGAGCAAGUGGCGUUCGAAGGGAUAGCGUCGGCGAUAAUCCAUGGAAGGAACAAGUCAGAGGUCGCUAGCUCGAGCGCAGCAAAAGCCAUUGGUGCUGCAAAAGCAAUGGCAGCCGCAAUGAGCUCAGGGAGAAAGGAGAGGGUAUCAACAGGGAUUUGGAACUUGAGCGAGAAGCCAUCGACAGUGGAGGAGAUUCUCACGUUCUCGAUGCAGAAGAUCGAGGCCAUGGCCGUCGAAGCCCUCAAAAUUCAAGCUGAUUUAGCUGAAGAAGAAGCCCCGUUCGAAGUUUCUCCGUUGAAUAAUACUAAUCCGUUGGCCCUUUCUGUUCCAUUGGAGGACUGGAUGGCAAAAAACAAUACUAGUACUAAUAAUUUCGUGAUUCUAGCAGUUGGGAUUCAAUUGAGGGAUCCGUUGAGGCGGUACGAGGCUGUGGGAGGUCCCGUGAUUGCGAUUAUUUAUGCGGAUUCUUGUGACGAAUUAGGUGGUGAGGAAGAUGAGAAGAGGUUCAAAGUGAAGAGUCUACAUGUUGGGGGAGUGAAAGUUGGGAAGAGGAAUGUGAGGGACAACGAGAGGCAGAGACUAACGGCCAUGCAGUGGCUUGUGGCUCACGGAUUGGCGGGGAAAGCCGCGAAGAAGGCAAAACAUGUUGUGUCGUCAAAAGGGCAAGAUCUCUUGUGGAGCAUUUCUUCAAGAGUGAUGGCUGAUAUGUGGCUCAAGUCCAUGAGAAACCCAGAUGUCAAGUUUACCAAGUGAAAAGAGAAAUAUGUUAUUAUUUGGCUACUGUAUGUUUCUGCCAAUUUAAAAAAUUGUAGAGUUUUUUUUUUUUUGCUUCAUUUUUUGUUAUUUCUUAUGGGCAAAUUAUUUGUUAUUGUGAUACAAAACAGAAAGAGUGAAGGCAUUUGUAAGCGUAUUGGUUGGGAUUAUUAGGUUUUGUGUGAAUAAGAAGUCUCCGAAUUGUAUGAAGAUUGUGUAUCAACAAAUAAAUAACAAGAUUUGA